CCCGUUUUCAUUCAAAGCUUUAAACCCUCGUAAAAACGUUAACUGUCGCCAUUCCAUCCUUCAUUUUGCACUGAUUUUUUGGUGUCAGCAAAUGAUUAUUAAGUUUAUUCCUCAGCUUCGUCUUCUCGGCCCUUCUCUACCGGCAACCAGUUUUACGACCAUGAAUCACGGGUCGACCAUUUGCUUGCAAGGCUCCAUACCCGUUUUAAAUCGGAUGUUCCCUUUUAAGCUCAAGUUCCUUGGCUUAUCACCUGGUUCUAAUGGGAGACUCACUGUGCGGAGCCUUUCUACCAGGCCGUCUCGACCUAGGUCCGGGGCAAGCUCCAAGUUCACUCCUAAAAUCAGAGGAGAUGUCCGUGCUUCAAAGAGUCUGAUUGAGGACGAGGCCGAGCUCAGUGACUGGGUCGGCGAGUUGAGAACCGAUUCAUUCCGUGGUCGACUCACUAGCGAAGACGAGGAACUGGACGCGGAUAGGGAACGUAAUAGAGUUAGGAGUAGAGAUAGGAAUAGGAACGGGGUUCUUGUGAAGCGGAGAAAAGAGGGUGAGUUUGAAAAUUUUCGCGAGUCGAGCAAUAGGGAAUCUCGGGGCCGCUUGGGCGAUUCGUUUUCGAGGAAUUCCCGGUUCAGUACACGGUCUGAUAGUGAAUUAGAAGACGAGAAUAGUAAAGACGAUGACGAGGAUGAUGGUGAAUCGUACUCGAGUAGAAAGACUCGUGGUGUGAAAGAGUCUAAAAGGGUGGAUUCAUGGAAAGGAAAGAGAAAUGAGCGGGGCUUGGAUUCAAUUAAUACGCGGGAUGGAGGAAGAAAUAAUUUGGGAAGAAAAUCAAACCUUUCCGAAGAGGAAGAUAGUGAAACUCACGAAGAGAAAAGAAGUUGGAAAAUGAAAGGAGCCAAGAAUUUUCUUAGUGAGGAAGAUAGUGAUAUUACUGAUGAUGAUGAUGAUUAUGGAAUUUUAAGAAAGAAUGCGAGUUCUGCAUUGGGAUUAGAGAAGGAUGCUAACCAAACAGGGAGUCCAAUAAGGUCACAAGCUAAAUCCGAUUCUUACUUGAGUGAAACAAGAUUUGAUCAAAUUUCUAUUUCUCCCUUGUCAUUGAAGGGAAUUAAGGAUGCUGGUUAUGAGAAGAUGACUGUGGUACAGGAGGCAACUCUUCCAGCAAUACUCAAAGGCAAGGAUGUACUGGCCAAGGCCAAAACAGGCACAGGAAAGACAGUAGCAUUUUUGCUUCCAUCAAUUGAAAUUGUUUCAAAAUUGCCUCCUGUUGAUCAUGAUGUUAAGCGGCCACCAAUUCAUGUUCUUGUGAUAUGCCCAACUCGAGAGCUUGCGACUCAAGCUGCUUCAGAAGCUAAGACCUUGUUAAAGUAUCACCCAUCUAUUGGUGUUCAGGUUGUGAUUGGAGGUACAAGACUUGCUUUAGAGCAAAAAAACCUGCAAGCAAACCCUUGCCAGAUUCUUGUUGCUACUCCUGGAAGGCUAAGAGACCAUCUUGAGAAUACUGCAGGUUUUGCAACAAAGCUGAUGGGUGUGAAGGUCCUUGUACUAGAUGAAGCGGAUCGUUUAUUAGACAUGGGUUUUCGUAAAGACAUAGAAAGGAUAAUUGCUGCUGUUCCAAAACAAAGGCAGACACUUCUAUUUUCUGCUACAGUUCCCAAAGAGGUUCAUCAAAUCUGCCACAUUGCAUUGAGAAGAGAUCAUGAAUUUAUCAAUACAGUUCAAGAGGGCACUGGUGAUACACAUUCACAGGUCAGACAGAUGCACAUGGUUGCUUCACUCGAUAAGCAUUUUUCACUACUGUAUGUUCUUCUGAAAGAACAUAUUGCAGAUGACAUUGACUACAAGGUUCUCGUAUUCUGCACAACUGCUAUGGUAACAAAGUUGGUAGCAGACGUUCUUCGUGAGCUGAGUCUGAAUGUUAGAGAGAUUCAUUCAAGAAAAUCACAGAGUUACAGAACAAAGGUAUCUGAUGAAUUCCGCAAGUCAAAAGGUCUUAUUCUUGUGACUUCGGAUGUAUCUGCUAGGGGGGUUGAUUAUCCUGAUGUUACACUUGUAAUUCAGGUGGGCAUCCCAUCCGAUAGACAACAAUAUAUACAUCGGCUAGGUAGAACUGGGCGUAAGGGUAAGGAAGGGCAGGGAAUACUCUUACUAGCACCUUGGGAGGAACAUUUUCUGUCUAGCAUCAAGGAUUUGCCCAUAACAAAGGCUCCUUUGCCUUCUUUGGAUCCAGAAACAACGAAAAAGGUGGGACGGGCACUUUCCCAUGUAGAGAUGAAGGCCAAAGAAUCAGCUUAUCAGGCAUGGCUUGGUUAUUACAAUUCUGAUAAGAAUGUAGGCAAGGAUAAGUACAGACUUGUGGAGCUGGCAAACGAGUUCAGCAGAAGCAUGGGUCUUGACAACCCUCCUGCAAUUCCAAAGCUCGUGCUUUCAAAGAUGGGCCUAAGGAAUGUCCCUGGUCUGCGUGCCAAAUAGAUCACCGGAGCUGAUUCAGGCAUCUCCAAUUAUCAAGCUUUACCUGUUGAAUAUUUAAAUAUUCUUUUUCCAUAUAUCAGAUAUUCAAGUAAUUGUUAUCAUCUUUCAUCCUGCUAUCCCUCCUUGAACAGAAUUUCAUCCUGGUCAAGAACACAGGGCCAAUGACAUGCAACAUCAAUGAACACAGUUUCUGUUUCUGAAAAAAAUGGGGAUUUCUAUUUCUUUUUCCUUA